AUGUUAAAGGCAACCAUCACUUCUCUCUUCGGUUCUUUGCUCAUGUCAUGCAUAUGCACGUCCGCUAUGGUUUGGUUCAUUGCUGGGAAGGAUGUAUGCUGA